UGGGGAUUCCCGCGGCCCUGGCCACUACCCGGCCUGCCCCGCGGCAAGAUGGCGGCCUGAAGGCAGCGGGCAGCGGCGGAAAGCUGAGCUCAGCCUUGCCACAGCGCCCAUAGCAGCAUCUGCCCCCAUUUCACUGAAGACUCAGGGGCCCCAGGGACUGGAAGAAAUCACAGUGCCUGCUUGGAAAGAAGAAGAGGUAGCGACUUGCCCCAGCCCAACCCCAGAGCGGUUGGACCCACUGUCUCUUUGUGGAGGAUCUGCACUGAUUUGGGCUGCUGGCCUGAUGCUAGAGAAAUGACGCACAACUUCUGGUUUGUAGAGAUUUUACAGCGAUACAAAGAAAAGACUGCAAGCAUCAACCCAGCGCUAUGGCGCAGUGGGUUAACACCCUGGCCGGAAGCGUCGACAUCCCAUAUGGGCGCCAGAUCUAGUCCCGGCUGCUGCUCUUCUGAUCCAGCUUUCUGCUGUGGCCUGGGAAAGCAGUUGAAGAUGGGCCAAGUCCUUGGGCCCCUGCACCCACAUGGGAGACCUGGAAGAAGGUCCUGGCUCCUGGCCUCAGAUCGGCGCAGCUCUGGCUAUGUGGCCAGUUAGGGAGUGAACCAUCGGAUGGAAGACCUCUCUCUCUGCUCUGCCUCUUUCUCUGCCUCUUCUCUCUCUGUGUAACUCUGCCUUUCAAAUAAAUAAAUAAAUAAAUCUUUAAAAAAUACUAAAAAAAAAAAAAAGACUGUAAGCAUCAUCAGUGAGCAACCCAUGCAGCAUAAGAUUGUCGGUGCUGUUGCCCAUCUUGGCGCGUCCUAACAGAUGGAUCGCAGUGUGCUGGCCUUCUCCAGUCUUGCCUUUCUGUGCCCUCAGAGCACUCAGCACACUGUAGUGUAAGUGGCUGUGUAAGAUCUCCUGUCCCUGAAGCUUCUGGCAGGGGAGGUCUUUACUGCAGGCUGAGCGGUUAGGCCCUCCGUGGGAAGUGCUGAGCAAUCCUGGGUACUACGUGACCCAGCCCAGUCCUUCUUCCGAGAUGAAAGCAGAUGGGCUGUAUCUGGCAAAACCUCUGCGUCCUUAGGAAGGAAGGUUCUGCAUGAACAGUAGGUGACAGCGUUGACAAGAGCAUUACUAAUUCUUUUCCAGGGUUGCAUGUGGCUAAGUGAUCUUCCAGGUGCUUGGCUUCAGCGCUCUCCCUUUUUAGCCUUUUAAAUAUUGUAAUAACACAUCCCUAGACCAGCAGGAAAGAGUUAAAAGAAGAGAUGAGGUACACAGUGGUUAGGAUCUGUACUUGCAUAAUUGGCAUCUGUUAAUAAGUCUUUGGCUACUGGGCGUCCUUGUUGCUGAUCUUUAAGCUCUUGGUGCUGGCUUGGACCUGCCUGCUUUUCUGGUUGGAUCACUAGUCCCAUCUAGGUGUGCUCUGUGCUCACAGCCAGGGUUUGCUACAGCCUGUUAAUGCCCAAAUGAAUGAAAAGGAUGAAACCAAUAGCUGAAAGGGGAGUGAAGGUGUUUUUUUCCCUGGGAUCCACCCUUGCCCCUUGAUGUGGGAGCACGCAGUGCUUUUUGGCCUGGUCUGGCCAUGAAUUGAAGGGUGGGGCUUCUUUGUUAGUUACUGUCCUUUUUAUUUUUUUAAAAAAAUAUAUUGAGAGGUAGAGUUUCAGAGAGAGAAGGAGAGACAGAGAGAGGUCUUCUAUUCACUGGUUAAUUCCUCAAAUGGCUACAAUGGCUGGAGCUGUCCCAAUCCGAAGCCAGGAGCCAGGAGCUUCCUCCGGGUUUCCCACACCAGUGCAGGGGCCCAAGGACUUAGGGCCAUUUUGUACUGCUUUCCCAGGCCAUGGUAGAGAGCUGAAUCAGAAGUGGAGCAGCCAGGACUUGAACCAGUGCCACAGGCAGAGGCUUAACCUACUAUGCCACAGCCCCAGUCCCAGCCCCAGUUAUUGCCUUUUUAAAAAUUUAUUUUCUGGGGCUGGCAUUGUGGCAUAGCAGGGAAAGCCUUUGCCUGCAACACUGCCAUCCCACAUGGGUGCUGGUUUGCUUCCUGACUGCUCCACUCCAGAUCCAGCUCCCAACUAAUAGCCUGGGAAAAACAGCAGAAGAUGGCUCAAGUGUUUGGACCUCUGCCAAGACCCGGAUGAAGCUCCUGGCUUCAGCCUGGCCUAGUACCAACCAUUGCAGUCAUCUGGAGAAUAAACCAGCUGAUGGAAGAUUUCUCCAUCUCUGUCUCUUACCCUCUCUGUAACUCUGACUUUCAAAAAAUACAUUAAAAUUUUAUUUUUAUUUGAAUGGCAUGGAGGGAAACAUAUUCCAUCUGCUGGUUUACUUCUCCAGUGUCUGCUAGGAACUCUAACCAGGUCUCCCAAGUGGGUGGUGGAGACCCAACUACUUGAGCUGUCACCUGCUGCCUCCCAUAGUGCACAUUAGUAGGAAGGUGUAUCAGCAACAAAGGCAUUGAGGCUGACACCAGGCACUCUGUGGUGGGAGGAAGGUGUCCCAGGUGGCACUGCGCCAGACUGCCCCUCCGUUAGUCACCACCUUGUAAGUGUGUGAGGUGACAGAGUCUGUAAAGGGCAGGGAGCUUUGCACCAGCCCCUGAGGGAGGGGCUGUCUCCCAUUAUGUCUGCCUAGACCCACACGCUCUGAGUACUUCAGCAUUUAUCAGUAGCUCAUCAUUUUUGUGUACCUGUAGACAUUCCUCAGCAUGUAUCACUUUUUUUCUAAAGAUUUAUUUAUUUGAAAAGCAAGGUUACAGAGAGAGAGAGAACACGUGUGUGCGCGCGCGCUUCUAUCUGUUGGUUUACUCCCUAAAGGCUGCAGUAGCUGGGGGUUGGCCAGGCUGAAUUCAGGAGCUUCAUCUGGGUCUCCCAGGUGGGUGCAGGUGCCCAAGUAUUUCUGCCAUCUUUCAGUGCUUUCCCAGGCCAUUAGCAGGGAGCUGGAUUGGAAGUGGAGCAGCUGAGACUGGAACCAGUGCUCACAUGGGAUGCUGACAUUGCGGGUGGGGCUUUACCCACUGUGCUACAACACUGGCCCCCAAAAUGUAUCACUUUUAAAAAGCCCCUUCCUUGAUACGAAUGCACAGUGUUCGGCUUGCUCUGUGCGCUGAACAGGUAACCGGGAAUUGAGCGGUGCUUGUGGGAACCCUGGGGCGGUGCCCAGCGUGGUGGGCUGUCCCGGGCUUGGCUGCCUGGGAGGGCUGCUGCAGAAGCUUUUCCAAAGGUCUCUCCAGCAGGCACCCUGGCCGUCCUGAGGCGCUGCUUUUGAUUCUGAGAUGAAACUGGCAGGCAUGGGAAUCAGGGUGGGUGUCAGGGCAUCAGCUUUCUCAUCUCGUGUGUGCUUCCCCCUCCUUUUACUGUUGGCUGAGAAAAGAGAAAAAUGACCUCAUUUCCUAACUCCUAUUUUAGUGCACCAAGAGUCCCUGAUUUCUGAAACCUUGAAUUAUCCAGGUCACUUGCUGUUCUACCUUUUGAAAGCAAACCAGCUCCAGCUGGUGUCUUUGGAGUUUCCCUGUGAGUGGGGAUUCUGAAGGUCACCUGUAGGGGCCAGGCAUCAGAUCAGUGUAGGGAAGAGACGGGGUCUACAGAAAGUUUUCAUCUUUCUCUCCUGGACAGUUGUGUCUUCUCCAUGGUCAGAUGUUAGCCUUGGUUUUGCUCUGGGUCAGAGCAAUAUGGGGAGCCAGAUGGAUGUGUAGGCAGUUGGGAAGCUAUUGGAGGCAUCUCCUCUCUGUAUUAAUCUUGACCUGAGACGUGGGAGGAGGGCUAGACCCACAUGGGCAGUGUGGUGAAAAUUCUCCCUUUUCUGCUCCAAGUCAUCACAGAGCCUGCAGAGCUUCCCAGAACAGGAGGGAGACCCCUGUCCUAUCUUCUUCCUGCCAACAUCUUGCCAUCAGCAGUGUUUGCAGAUGUGUGUGUUCUAGGUUGCCUGUCCUGCUGCCGCAGGGCACACAGCUUGUGGGGUCACCAGGACUCCACUGCUGUGAACACAUUUGCCAUCUGUAAGCCAGGAUGUGUCCCCUCUCCCAGGGUGGUUCUGGAGGCUUCUGGAAAGAGUUGCUUCUGCUUGUGCUGAUGGGAAAACUAGCCUUCGUGGGCAGUAGUCUCUGCAGGGGUUUGGGGAGCCUGGCUAUAGCCUUUGUCCUCCCUUGGCAUGUUCUUCUGGGGCUGGCUCCGUGGAAACUGUCAUGCCCCUGGCCCUUUCAGAAACUGUAAGGUGGCAGUGUGCCACCUCUCACCCUGACUGGACCAGGUCACACACUGGCCCAUUGUACUGGACUUUCUGACGCAGCUCUUGUCAAAGGCCCUGAUCCCAGGCUGGUUGUCUCCCAGCCCCUUCCAUCUGUGGAGCUGUGGGGUUGCUGGGAUGGACUCUGCUGGCACGGGCACAGGAUGGGGGCAGCUGCAGCUGGGGGCUGGCUUUGUUCUCACAACUCAGCUUUCAGAGCCCUGGUGCAGCCUGGCAGCAGUGUUUGGGGAAUAGGCGAGACGGGAGCUAUGCCCCCUUCCACAGCAGCUGGCCUUUCUGUUCACCAGCCAGAGAGCUUUGUUGACCCCUUGUUCUGGGGUCAGUGAGUUUGACUCACUGUUGGCAGGAGUGUGCUCCACAUCCACCUGGCUUGAUUUCCGGGUGGGAAGAGGUGAUGAGGGUCUAGGGGUCAGUCUGGAGGUGCUUCCCUUGUAAGGAGAGCACAGUACGCCCCCAGGAAUCCUGCAGGUUGGCGUUCUUCUUUCUCUCUGCAGCUCUGGAGUGGGGCUGCUCACAAACCCAGCUGUCUGUUUAUGCGGAGUACCUGGAGUGCGUCUGCCAUGCAUCUGUCACUGCCCACACUAACCAGGAGAGACUCACUAACCCUGUGAGUCUGACCUGGCCAGCUAACCUGCCUUGGGCUACUGCCGGUGGUGUCUUUAUCCUGCGUUCCUCCCCUAGCUUACACCGUGCCGUCUCCUCUGCUCCCAUGGCCAAGAGAGAGAUUUCCUAGGCAUGGCCACGCGCCAGCUUGCAGCUGGACCCCACACCACCCUAUCAGCAUGUGCCCCCCACUUCUCCCUUAAGACAGGGGUGGUUACAGCUUCUGUUCUGCUCAUCACAGCAUCUGAGAACAUACUCGGUUGCCAUGUUGCUGUACCUGUUGCCUCAGAGGCGGACAGAACUAGAGUUGGAAGGCACUUCCUGUCUAGACCAGGUGGCUAGAAGAUUGGAUGAUUAGUCAUUAUUCUCAGUGCAGGAUAAGAAGUUAGGAUCAACUGCAGGGUUCUCUUUGGGGUUGGGGAGAUUGAAGAACACUUUGGCCUGAGUGAAAAAUGCAGCUACUUAAAUGGAAAGCUGGAGCCCUGAACCUAGCACCCAUUUGAGACAUAGCUCCUAUGGGUGACCGUUGCUCUGGGAGGUGGAAGGGGUGGAGUUUGGCCCCCCACUCCCUUCCACGUCUGGAGCUUCAGUUGGACUUUAGCCGAUAAGAGCUGGGAAGAAGGGUGCCUCGACCAAGGGAGCAUGACCUGGUUGGCCUCAGAUUGGGAGACUGGAUCUGUUGGCUAGAGGAAGUGGAGGGGCCGUGGGAUGCGGAGAGCCGAGGGCUGACUGCCGGACAGCGGAACAGAGCAAGCUGCCGACACACAGACGCAGGUGGUGGAGGAGCCCUGACCUCCCAGAAUGACCAGUGCGGCCCCUGCUAAGAAACCUUACCGGAAGGCACCACCGGAGCAUCGGGAGCUGCGGCUGGACGUUCCUGGAGCCCGCCUUGAGCAGGAGGAGACCCUGACUGACGCAGAGAGGAUGAAGCUCUUGCAGCAGGAGAAUGAAGAGCUUCGCCGACGUCUGGCCUCAGCCACCAGACGCACCGAAGCCCUGGAGCGUGAGCUGGAAAUCGGGCAGGACUGCCUGGAGCUGGAGUUGGGCCAGAGCCGCGAGGAGCUUGACAAGUUUAAGGACAAGUUCCGCAGGCUGCAGAAUAGCUACACGGCUUCCCAGCGAACCAACCAGGAGCUGGAGGACAAGCUGCACACGCUGGCCUCUCUCAGCCACAGCUGGAUUUUUGCAAUCAAGAAGGCUGAGAUGGAUAGGAAGACGCUGGACUGGGAGAUUGUGGAGCUGACCAACAAGCUGCUGGAUGCCAAGAACACCAUCAAUAAGCUGGAGGAGCUCAACGAGCGGUACCGACUGGACUGCAACCUGGCUGUGCAGCUCCUCAAGUGCAACAAGUCCCACUUCCGCAACCACAAGUUUGCUGAUUUGCCCUGUGAGCUCCAGGACAUGGUUCGGAAACAUCUGCACAGUGGUCAGGAGGCUCCCAGCCCGGGCCCUGCUCCCAGCCCGGCCCCAGGGGCCGUGGUGCCUACGUCGGUCAUUGCACGGGUGUUGGAGAAGCCAGAGUCUCUACUGCUCAAUUCAGCCCAGUCUGGCAGCGCUGGGCGCCCCUUGGCCGAGGACGUCUUUGUGCACGUGGACAUGAGUGGGGGCGCCUCGGGUGACCCGGCCAAUCCCCUGGCCCCUGGCAGCCCCACCCCCCAACCCAAUGGGGAGUGUCGCUCCCUGGGUACUACGGGGGGUUCCCCAGAAGAGGAGCUGCCCCUACCAGCUUUUGAGAAGCUGAGCCCAUAUCCUACCCCUUCUCCACCACACCCGCUGUACCCUGGCCGCAGAGUGAUAGAGUUUUCUGAGGAUAAGGUUCGGAUCCCCCGGAACAGCCCCCUGCCCAACUGCACGUACGCUACCCGCCAGGCCAUUUCGUUGAGCCUGGUGGAGGAAGGCAGUGAGCGGGCCCGCCGCAGCCCCGCGCCCAGCACCCCCACCUCAGCCCAGGCCUCACCGCAGCGCCAGCCGGGCCCAGCCCCCCCAGCGCUCAGCGCCCCAGGCAGCGCUGCCAGCUCCGAGGAGGACCUGCUGGCCAGCUGGCGGCGGGCAUUCGUGGACCGCACCCCGCCCCCUGCCGCCGCGGCCCAGCGCACAGCCUUCGGACGGGACGCGCUCCCCGAGCUGCAGCGCCAUUUUGCCCUUAGCCCUGCCGACGGAGAUGAGGUGCUUCACGCACCCUCUUCUCCACCCGACGAGAGUGGGCUUUUGCUGAGCACAGAACGUGACUCUGGCUUUCCCCUGGAGGAGGAGGAGGAAGAGCUGAACCUGCCCAUCAGCCCUGAGGAAGAGCGCCAGAGCCUACUGCCCGGUGAUAGGGACACUGAGGAGGGGCCUGACACCUGCCAAACCGAGGGCAGGGCCUGGCCUCUCCCCAGCUCCAGCCGCCCCCAGCGCAGCCCCAAGAGGAUGGGGGUGCACCACCUGCACCGCAAGGACAGCCUGACCCAGGCCCAGGAGCAGGGCAACCUCCUCAACUAGGGCCCUGCUGGCCUUCCUGUCACUGCUGCACUGCGGCUGCGCGAGGAGGCCCUGGGCCCUUGCAGCUCUGGUCCCCAGCCCAAGCCCUGGAACUCCUCCCUCUCCAGUCCCGCACAGCCCUGUGGCCUGUGUGGGUGGGGUCAGGUGGAGGCCGUACCAAGCCUUUAGCUGCACUGACUGGCACCAGCUUGCCUCAUCCGUGGUUUUUUUCCUUGCCUUUCUGGAACAUUUAUUCUCCAAAGGUAACACGCGGUUGUUCGCAAGCCCUUUCUGCCCCUCGGGGUACCCCAGGUUGCGCCACUCUGGGGAACAGGGGGGCUUCAUCAGUGUUCCCCCUCCAUCCUCCCUUCAUGACCAUGAGCUUUGGUUUUGGGGGUGACAUUGGGGUUAUUAACCUCUAAUUUCCGUUUUCUGCCUGUCUCCCUCUCCCCUAAAUCCUGCUCCAGGGGCCUGGCCUGGCUGGCCUUGGGGACGAGGGAGGGACUGACUCAGGGCUCCCCUCAGCUGCUUCCCUCCCCGCUCUGGAAGGCAGGGUGGGGCUCAGGGACCCCCAGCUAGGCCCUGGGUGAGGCCUGGCCCCCUCCCAACCUUGGCUCUAGACUGUUACUCCCAGCUUUGGGAAAUUUUCAUGUGGAUGACUAUUUUAAAAUCAAAUAAAACUAUUUUGCCGGUAUUGCCUAA